UAAUCCUAACAUCAUGAUCAAUGAGAAUUCUAACAAGACAAGUAAGACUUUAGAAAAAAAUAAAAAGCCAUCGUUAUUUACACGAUUGCUGAGAAGAAAUAAAAGUAAGAUAGAAAAUUAUUCAAAUGCAAAUUUAGAAUUAGAAAUUCAGAAAAUUUUACUUCAUUAUUCACCUAAAAAGGAGUCUUCCAAUAGAGAAUUCACUCAACAUUAUUCUACUCACCCCAAUCAGAAUUUAAAUGAAAACUUGUAUAAGUAUUUAUCUAAACAUAAACAACAUAUGAGCAGUGGAGAUUUGAGCAAAAGUAACUGGUAUUCUACAGUAGUUGCUGCAAGUAGAUCACUGAAUAGUGGAUUAAACAAAGAAAUAAGUGUAGAAUUAGCAAAUAAAAUAAAAGAUGAUAUCAAAUAUUUUAGUUCAGAGAAUAAUUCGGUCCCGUCAAAUAUAUCCAGAUUAUCCCAGAAUGAAGACGAUAAUUUUUGCCGCAUGUGUUUGAGCAUUUUGCCAUUAGAAGAGAUGUAUCGAUUGUCCAAUUGCGAAUGUAAAUUUUGUAUAAUGUGUAUGCAACAGUACCUGACAAUAAACAUUCUAGAAGGCAAUAUUAAAUUUUCUUGUCCCGAUCCAUUUUGUAAUAAUACUGGAAGUAUUAAUGACCAAGAGAUUGAAAAAUUAAUUGGAAGUGAAAUCUUUCAAAAGUACAAACAGUUUAAAUUGAAUGCAGAAAUAGAUGAAGACCCUUCUCGUUGUUGGUGCCCAAAACCAGAAUGUAAUAACAUUUGUCAAGUUGAAUUGUCUGAUGUACCUGUACCAAUUGUUUGCUCAAAUUGUAACACCAUGUUUUGUUCAUCGUGUAAAGAAUUAUGGCAUUCCACUCAAUUGUGCAAGGAGAAAAAAUGCUUUAAGUAAAUAUAUAUUUUAUGUUAAAUCUUUCAUUGAACUAUAUUAUUAAAAACUUUG